AUGGGUGAAGCAGUGGUGGGCUUGAUUGGCAUGGGCGACAUGGGAAAGAUGUACGCUCGCCGCCUUAGUGAGGCCGGAUGGAGAGUACACGCCUGUGACCUUCCAGACAAGUAUGAUCUGUUGGUUGAAGAAUUCAAGGACAGCGUACGAAAUAUACUGUAUAUAGCCCGUGUAAUACACAACAUCUUGCUGAGGCUUUCAGCANNGGAAAACGUAACGGUUUUCAAGAACGGCCACCACGUCUCGCGUAGCAGUGACUAUAUCAUCUACUCUGUUGAAGCAAAGAACAUUGACGCUGUUGUCGCCGCCUAUGGCCCGUGUCUGUUACCUCUGUUACACUCCCACUCAUGCCUGUCAUUCAUACUGACAUGUCUGGCCUACAGCNNUACCAAGAUGGGCGCCAUUGUCGGCGGCCAAACCUCCUGUAAAGCUCCAGAGAUGGCGGCGUUCGAGAAACACCUCCCCUCCGACGUCGAGAUCGUCUCUUGUCACUCCCUCCACGGUCCCGGCGUGAAUCCCAAAGGUCAACCUCUGGUCCUAAUCCAACACCGCGCCUCAGAUGCCAGCUACAAUCUCGUCUCCAAGAUUCUAUCUUGCUUUGAGAGCAAGCAUGUCAAACUCACAGCCGAAGCCCACGACCGCAUUACUGCAGAUACACAAGCCGUCACCCAUGCCGCAUUCCUAUCCAUGGGUACCGCAUGGGCAGCCAACAACCAAUUUCCCUGGGAAAUGCCACGCUAUGUUGGCGGCAUUGAGAACGUAAAGAUCAACAUCACCCUACGCAUUUACGCCAACAAAUGGCACGUGUACGCCGGUCUAGCAAUCUUGAACCCAGCUGCCAAACGCCAGAUCAAGCAAUACGCUGAAUCUGUUACCGAGCUGUUCAAACUGAUGCUAGGAGGCCACAAGCAAGAGUUGAGAGAGCGCAUUGAAUGUGCCCGUAAAGCUGUGUUUGGCAAUGCCGAUGGUAGCAAAGGACAUGAAUUGCUAUUGCAAGACGACCUGCUUGAUCAAUUCAGUCUAGGCGAGAAACCUGCUGCUAGCGAGCGUGUCAAGAACAACCACUUGAGUUUGCUAGCGAUGGUGGAUUGUUGGUGGAAGCUGGGGAUUGUGCCUUAUGACCAUAUGAUUUGCUCGACACCGCUCUUCCGUCUUUGGCUGGGAAUCACAGAAUACCUCUUCCGCAACGAAGAGUUGUUGGACGAAGUCAUCGACACCGCAAUCAACGACAACACCUUCCGUCGCGAUGAUCUCGAAUUCACGUUCGCCGCCAGAGACUGGUCCGAACGUGUCUCCUUCGGUAACAUGGACGGUUACCGCAGCAAAUUCGAAAAGAUCCAAGCUUACUUUGCUCCUCGCUUCCCCGAAGCCACUCGCGUGGGCAACGAGAUGAUCAAGACUAUUGAGGAGAGCCUUAGACAGAGAAAGGGCGAUGGGGACAACUGA